GCUCGUCUCCGGUUUCCCAUCGACUACCCCUACUCUCCUCCUGCCUUCAGGUUCUUAACCAAAAUGUGGCACCCCAAUAUCUACGAGACAGGUGAUGUCUGCAUCUCCAUCCUCCACCCACCUGUGGACGACCCGCAGAGCGGGGAGCUGCCCUCGGAGCGCUGGAACCCCACACAGAACGUGCGAACCAUUCUCCUGAGUGUGAUCUCCCUGCUGAAUGAGCCCAACACGUUCUCCCCAGCCAACGUGGACGCGUCUGUGAUGUACCGCAAGUGGAAGGAGAGCGAAGGGAAGGACCGGGAGUACACAGACAUCAUCAGGAAGCAAGUGCUGGGCACCAAGGUGGACGCUGAGCGGGACGGCGUGAAGGUCCCCACCACACUGGCAGAGUACUGCGUGAAGACCAAGACUCCAGCCCCGGAUGAGGGCUCAGACCUCUUCUAUGAUGACUAUUAUGAGGAUGAUGAGAUGGAGGAGGAAGCAGAGAGCUGUUACGGUGAUGAGGAUGACUCCGGCAAUGAGGAAUCUUGA